AUGAAGGUGGCUCUCGUUUUGAGCUGUCUGGUGGCGCUGGCGGCGCUCGCUAGCACCCGCAACCUACGCGAAAAACGCGACGCCGACCUUGAAACCGCCGCGUCGCACCACCACCACGAAAAGGGUGGUGGCCACGAGCACCACGGUCAUCACCACAAUGACCACGGCAGCAAGGGCCAUAAGGGCUACAAGGGACAUCACCAUCACGAGCACGGCAAGAAGGGCCACCACCAUCACGAAGGACACAAGGGCCAUCACGAUGAACAUGGUGGACAUAAAAAACAUCACCAUCAUGAUGAUGGACACCACCACGAGCACCAUCACGGUGAAAAAGGUGAAAAGGGACAUAGCUUCGAAGAGAAGGGACACUACCACAAGGGUCAUUCCACCAAAGGCCAUCACGGUGUUCACAAAGUAGACGAAUUCAAGAAGGACAAACACUUCCAUGACAAACACGGCGAAUCCGGAUACCAUGAAGGACACGGUGGACACCAUGAAGAGCAUGGACACAAGAAGGGCGGUCAUUUCCACAAGGGCCACAAGGGACAUGGCCAUCACGAGCACCACCAUGGUAAGAAGGGUCACCACGAGAAGGGCGGCCAUCACCACGAACACAAGGGACACCACGACGAGGGUGGCCAUCAUGAGCACCACCACCACCACGCGGGCCACGGUCACAAAGGAGGCCACGAGGACCACAAACAUUGGGGCUUCAAAAAAGGACAUUAA